ACCAUGAGAUGGAAAACAAUAGAAUUAUUUUAUCAGCGUUUGAUUGGGACGCGACCCGCAUAAUCCGACCGUUAGUGGAUCGACAUUGAAGACAGAUUCGGAAUCUGCAUCCAACCCACAGAGCAGAGCAGUGACGUCACAGGGAAAACAACUGUCAAUUGCGCAGCGCAACAAAAACAAAGAAAUCGCUUGGACCUACGACACGGACAAGGGCACGGGCACGGGUGGAGCGAGUGCUCCCACACGCCCCACAGCAGCGUAGUUUUCACUUUUUAAAUUGGAGCAGGUACAAAGUGCAGUAGCUGCAGCAGCAGCAGCAACAACAACAACAACGAUGACUGGCGACCAGAAGCUGCCACUGAAGCAGGCCGAGAUCUCGGUGCAGCGCUUCCAGGACACAGCCGUGCCCCACCAUCUGGGCCUGCUGCAAAACCAUCGCAGCAACAUCGAGAAGAGCCUGGCACUGGGCGACUGGCAGAAGAUCAAGCGGGAGGAGCUCAACGCAAUGCGCGUCAUCAAACAAAUCAAGAAUCUCUUACUCGAAAUGGACGCGCUGCGGGAGAAGGUGCGCGAGGAGGAUCGUGAGCGCUUCGACGAGCUGAUGCGUCCGGGCAAGGAGAGGGCUUUUGCAGGCAUGAAAUGCUUUGCGGAACUGCAGCUCAAAUCUCCUACCUCAACGGUGGGCUCGCAGUACGACGAGGAGCAGGACAAUCAGCUGCAGCACGCAGACAUUGGCAAUUUGCCAGCCCACCAACACAUGCCGCAGCUGGAGGUCAACUUCCAGUUGGAGGAGCAUCAACUGUUGCAGCGGCAGGCCUGCCUCGACCAAAUGGAGAAUCUACAGCGUGAAAUCUCCGACUUGAACGGCAUGUUCCACGGCAUGCGGCAGCUGACUGCGGAGCAGUCUGUGGCUGUUCAGAGCAUAGCCGACAACGCCGAGGAGGCGCUGGAGAAUGUGCAGUCGGGCGAACGAUCGCUGCGCUCUGCCCUGACCUACAAGAAGGCCAUGUACCCGGUGAUGGGUGCUCUGCUGGGCACCUGUGUGGGCGGACCCAUUGGCAUGGUGGCUGGCCUGAAGGUUGGCGGACUGGCCGCCGUCGGCUGUGGCAUACUCGGCUUCACAGGCGGCUCUGUGCUGAAGGCCAAUCCAAAUGUUAUGCACGGGAACAUUGAGGAGCAGCAGCCAGAGGCGAAUGGCGACACAGCCGAGAGACUGGAACUGAAGGAGAAGCCCGAAUGACCUAGGGCCAUGUCCUCGGCCCUGGCCACCACGCACAUGUGGUCUGCAAACACGCGGCGCCUGGAGUCAGCCACCACCGGGGUCAUGAGCAGUGUGCGCAGCUAUUGUACCCUUCAGUGACUGCGACAGAUAGGGAGAUCCUCCUCCUUCUAUUAGUUAAAUUUCCUUGUCUUUUGUGUUCGUUUUUGUGCAAUGUGCAGGCGGCAGCUAUCCCCUUCCUGCGUGUCUAGUUUAAGCGUUGUUGUUCCAUCACGAUAGUUAAUUGUUUUGUGCCGCUGCCGCAAGCUUUAAGAAUCCACGUCUAGUUUUAAGGCUUUAAUAUGCAAUAUAAACUCUUAUCUAUAACAUACACAAGUCGGCUGGCUGCUUUUGUAGGCACUCUGCUGCGCCUACCAGCUCUUCCAGACUCUACCUGAACUUA